GGAUGGACUAUAUCUUUCCCUGUCAUACUAAUGGUAGUAUGGGCAUUGCAACACACCCAGUAUCUCUCUCAAAGCGCUCCUCUUCCAGGAAUGAACAAAGCUUGAUAACCCCUCCCUCCUCUUCCUCCUCUCAAACACAAUGAGCUCCACUCUGUGCACAUAUUUCCUUGUUCCCUCCCCUUCAGAGCUACAGUUUGCAGAUGGGUGUAACCAACAUGCUGGGGGAAGUACAACAGCGUAUCACAUGUUGUUACAUCAGAGCUCAGACUAGUUUCACUUCUCAGGAAGUGAGACUCAUGAGACUCAGACAGUCGUUGUCACUGAGCGAGAGGUGAAAUGGAGCAGAAAGGAGUUCAGCUGGACCGGGAAACCUUCUCUUGUUCCAUCUGUCUGGAUCUACUGAAGGAUCCGGUGACUAUUAACUGUGGACACAGCUACUGCAUGAACUGUAUUAAAGGCUUCUGGGAUGAAGGGGAUGAGAAGGAAAUGUACAGCUGCCCUCAGUGCAGGCAGAGCUUCACACCGAGGCCUGUACUGGUGAAAAACACCAUGUUAGCAGCUUUAGUGGAGGAGCUGAAGAAGACUGGACUCCAAGCUGCUCCUGCUGAUCACUGCUAUGCUGGAGCUGAAGAUGUGGCCUGUGAUUUCUGCACCGGGAGAAAACUCAAAGCCAUCAAGUCCUGUCUGCAAUGUCUGAUCUCUUAUUGUGAGAAACACCUUCAGCCUCAUUUUGAAUCCCCUGCUUUCGAGAAACACAAGCUGGUGGAGCCGUCCAAGAAGCUCCAGGAGAACGUCUGCUCUCGUCAUGAUGAGGUAAUGAAGAUUCAAGUCUCAGCUGCAGCAGAGAGAGCUGAGAGGCAGAAAAAGCUCGAGGGGAGUCGACAGACCAUCCAGCAGAGAAUCCAGGACAGAGAGAAAGAUGUGAAGCUGCUUCAACAGCAGGCGGAGGCCAUCGAUCGCUCUGCUGAUAAAGCAGUGGAGGACAGCGAGAAGAUCUUCACCGAGAUGAUCCGUCUCCUGGAGAAAAGAAGCUCUGAUGUGAAGCAGCAGGUCAGAUCUCAGCAGAAAAGUGAAGUGAGUCGAGUCAAAGAGCUUCAGGAGGAGCUGGAGCAGGAGAUCACUGAGCUGAAGAGGAAAGACGCUGAGCUGAAGAAGCUCUCACACACAGAGGAUCACAACCAGUUUCUACACAACUACCCCUCACUGUCACCACUCAGCCAAUCAACAUCCAGCAUCCAUAUCCGUCCUCUGAGCUGCUUCGAGGACGUGACGGCGGCCGUGUCAGAAGUCAGAGAUAAACUACAGGACGUCCUGAGAGAGGAGUGGACAAACGUCUCACUGACAGGGACUGAAGUGGACGUUUUACUGCCACAACCAGAGCCCAAGACCAGAGCUGGAUUCUUAAAAUAUUCACGUGAAAUCACACUGGAUCCAAACACAGCAUACACAAGGCUGUUAUUAUCUGAGGGGAACAGGAAAGCAACAGUCAUGACUCGACAACAGUCUUAUCCUAGUCACCCAGACAGAUUCAAAGACAGGGGUCAGGUCCUGAGUAGAGAGAGUCUGACUGGACGUUGUUACUGGGAGGUGGAGACGAGAGGAGGAAUUUCUGUAGCAGUCGCAUACAAGAAUAUCAAGAGAGCAGGGUGGUUGGAUGAAUGUGAUUUUGGACGAAAUGAUAAAUCUUGGGCAUUAGAUUUUGACUUCAAGAAAUAUACAUUUUGGUCCAACGAAGUCCAAACUCGUGUCUCAGGUCCUGAGUCCUCCAGAGUAGGAGUGUACCUGGAUCACAGUGCAGGUAUUCUGUCCUUCUACAGCGUCUCUGAAACCAUGACUCUCCUCCACAGAGUCCAGACCACAUUCACUCAGCCGCUCUAUGCUGGACUAACGGUUUAUGCUUACGGAGACUCUGCUGAGUUGUGUAAACUGAAAUAGUCAGAAGUCAUUUAAGGGUUAAAUUCUGUGUUUUAACUCUUCAACUUAUUUAGUCUCCAUGUUUGUUGCUGAGAGCUGAUUGUUGUGACGUUCUAUUUUUGACGUUUUUUAUGCGUUUACACGUUUGUGUUGCUUUUAUUCUGUUUUUUAUGGCUUUUCUUAUUUUUUGGUUUCUAGCAACAUUUUGUGUCACUUUCAUCGACAUCUAUGUGCUUUUCUAAACGUUUGUGUAAAUUUGUUUGACGUAUUUAUUUGCUUGUAUUGACGUUUUAGAAGUGAUGAGAUAAUUUAGUUUGUUGAUGAAAACCAUUCGGGGAGCCCCAGAAGCUCUCAAUGUGCUCAGUUGAGAUCUGUUAUUUUACCUUUGAUUGUUGAAACAAGGACGAUAUGUUAAAAAAGAUCUUUAC